AACCCAUCUCUUCAUUUCACUCAUUCUCUCUCUACACCGUCACUCGCACAUACACUCACCUCCUCUCUCUCUCUCUACAAUCUACAUUAUUCCUCAUUCUCUCUCUCUUGAUUGUUACUCCAUUAAUGGCCACUAGAUUCCCAUCUCACCAGCUCAGCAGUGGCCUCUAUGUUUCGGGUCGACCCGAACAGCCCGCUAAAGAACGCCCACCGACUAUGUCGUCGCGUGCCGUUCCUUACACCGGCGGAGACGUCAAGAAGUCCGGCGAGCUGGGGAAGAUGUUUGACAUACCUGGUGUUGGCUCUGGGUCCGGGUCUAAUUCCGGGUCGGGUCCGGUUCCGGGUCACCCGCCGGUUUUGAAACCGACUAGGUUGUCUAACUCGUCGCAGCAGACUAGUGGAUCGGUAAGAUCCGGGCCGAACUCCGGGCCUGUGAAGAAGACUUCCGGGUCGGGUCCAAUGGCGGUGUUGCAGCCUACGGGGUUGAUUACGUCCGGGCCACUCGGGUCGAGUGCGGGUCGGAGGCCGGGUCAACCCGACCCGACUGGGCAGUCGGGGAAGGUGGUGUAUGGACCGGCGGUUACUAGUUUGACUGAAGAAAGGAGGUUUGGGUUUAAAGUGUCCAAGGUGGCAAUGUGGGCAUUCUUGGUGAUGGUUUUGAUGGGGUUAGUUGUGGGAGUUUUCCUGAUGGUUGCUGUGAAGAAAGCUCUGAUUUUGGUGAUGGUUGUGGCGGUUUUCGUGCCGGUUGUGAUCAUCUUCUUGUGGAAUUUGGCAUGGAGGAAAAGAGGGUUACUCAGGUUUUUGAGGGAGUAUCCUAGUUCGGAGCUUAGAGAGCCUAUUGAUGGACAGUAUGUUAAAGUCACUGGGGUUGUCACCUGCGGAAGUAUUCCUCUUGAAUCACCAUUCCAAAAAGUGCCAAGAUGCGUAUAUGUUUCUGCAGAAUUGUAUGAGUACAGAGGAUGGGGCGGAAAAUUAGCCAAUCCUCAACAUCACUUCUUUACAUGGGGAUGCAGGAAUUCUGAGAAAUAUGUGGCUGAUUUCUACAUAUCGGACGCUGCUACCGGAUUACGAGCUCUAGUGAAAGCUGGCUAUGGAGCUAGGGUUGUGCCUUUUGUCAAGUCUGAAACGGUGGUUGAUGUGACGAAGAACAACAAGGAUCUGUCACCAAAUUUUCUUAGUUGGCUUUCUGACCGCAGCCUCUCAAGUGAUGACCGGGUAAUGCGGCUAAAAGAAGGCUAUAUUAAAGAAGGGAGUACUGUCAGUGUGAUGGGUGUCGUACGCCGCAAUGAAAACGUUGUUAUGAUUGUUCCGCCGCGCGAGCCCACUUCAACAGGCUGCCGAUGGGCCAGCUGCCUCCUUCCUACAUAUGUUGAAGGUCUUAUUUUGACAUGUCAAGAGAAUCAGAAUGUCGACGUCAUAGCAGUGUAGAUAUAAGAACCUGUGUAGAUAUAAGAACCUAUGUAGAUAUUUGCAGAUAAUCUUGUUUCGAGAUAGUGUUUUUGACCCAUACAGGCCAGCUCAUUAUAUGUAAAUUGGCUCGAGCAGUCUCGCCACAAAUAGAACUGGCCUGUAUGUGGAUCUGUAAUGCAUCAAGGAGAGGUAGAUGGCAUAAGAGCAUGCAUUUUUGUAUUUGGAAAUAAUUAUGCAGCACUAUUUUGGUAAUUAAUAGGUAAGUUAUAGACUUAUAGUGAA